CCUUCGGAAUGUAUGGAGCAGUGGGACGAAGGUCUGGUCGAGGCACGCCAGCUGCUGGGUGAGCUCGAGCUCAUUCCAAAAGAAGCCAGGACCAAAGAGCUCGAUGACACAGUUUGGGGCGUGACAAUGCCAUACUGCGCGUGGGUGAUGGGAAAGUGGGGCGUGACAGUUCACACUCCGAAAGAAGUGCUUUGGGACAUUGCUCGCGCAGACCCGCUCUUCGCGAAGUUGGCAAAGAUUGAUCCGAAAGAGGCCUACAAGAAGAAGGUGCCUAAGUCGGUCGGCUACCGCCACAGCGCUUUCAUGGACGAGCGGAAGACAGAGGACGAAGCCAGUGCCGAGGAAUGCCAAGAGGUGCUCGAGCUGGGGGAUAAG